CCGGGUCACACAUUGGAAGAGGAACACAUCACAACCCCCUGCACUAAAACAAAAAAUGGCCCAGCUCAAUCAUUACGUCUACUUGGCGCUAGUCAUCGUCGAGUUCGUCUGCCUAACGAUAGCGAGUCAUCCCCCGUCAUGGAGGCGACGCGCUGGCAUCAUCCCCAUGUCCGCCCAUCAACAGCCCGAUGAAAUCCUCGCCGAAAACACCUCAUCAGACGUCCACGCUGAUGACGGUAGCCCAGACCCCGAUCUGACCAGCGCGUCAAACGGGAGCGAAGACGCAAUGACCCCUCCACCGGAAUUAUCCACCUGUCCACCGUGCUGGUUACGGGAACAGCAGAAACAAUUCCGCAUUGAAAGUAUCAAAAGACGCAUCCUGGAGAAACUACAGAUGACGCAUGUUCCGAAUAUCACAGGACCUCCGCCCAAGAACCCAGCCAUUAAAAACUUGCUACAAAAUUAUCCACAGUACCAGAACAAUCCUUCGGUCCAGUCAGAUUCACCACAGACCGAGUACAUCGACCCUGCCCCAGCACAACUUGAAAGGAUCCUCAUAUUUGCCAAAAGACCGCUCCAGACGCAUGGAACCGACGCCCCGUCCUGUUGCUACUUCAACGUUGCCGAGAAAAUAGUGGGAUACCACGUGUCAAGUGCCAAGCUUUACUUUUACGUGUCCCCCGCCAAAGUAGUCCAGAACACACUCCACCAAAUGACAAUCAAAAUGAUCACGGCUCGACUGCACCCUCCAGGACAGACCAAGCUUCGUCUAGUUGCAAACAUCAAGGUGCAGCUAAGUUUAAGAGUCGGGGCGUGGAGGAGCGUUGACUUCACCAACGUUGUGCAAGGCUGGGCGGCCGAACCUGAGACCAACCUUGGCAUCGUGCUGGAACUCGAAGACGAUGCAGGCAAUUCUGUGCUCAUAACUGAGACUUCGACAGAAGAACCAAGAAGGCCCUUUCUGCAACUGCGGCUAGACGAUACCAGAAGAGUACGGAUGAAACGUCAGAGUGAACAGAUGUGUGCUGAGGAUCGGCUAGAACGCGAGUGUUGUAAGUACCCCCUCGUUGUGGACUUUCAACAAUUUGGGUGGGACUGGAUCAUCGCUCCCAGGACGUACGAUGCCAACUACUGCUCAGGAAGUUGCCCUGACCACUAUUUUUACCGCUACCCUCACACCCAGCUAAUAAGUCAGAUGGAUCGCUUGGCGGUGGCAGGACCGUGUUGCUCACCAAGCAAAAUGACCUCGGUAAGUCUUCUCAUUUUCGACGAAGAUGGUGACAUCAGAAAUGCAGAACUCCAGGACAUGGCUGUUGAAAAAUGCGACUGCGCCUAGAGGGGAAAUCGCCUCGAACCAGUAAAACCUACUCAUCAUGCCCAAAGCCAUCGUCCCGAGUCCAGACCAAUUAAAGAUGUUUACUUUCGUCUAAAAGACUUGUUACCAAACGUCGGGGGUUUCCAAGCUAUGGACGAUAAUCAACUGAGCAAAUGAGAAUGAGGUAUUAAGCGGUGAUUUAUGGAAAAUAUAUUUAGUAAGCAAAUGACGAUAUGUCUUGGUGUAUUAACCGGUCACUUGAAGGUACUAUGUCCCAUUUGCAGCCAACAUCAAAAUUAGUAAAAUUUUGCAGGAAUUAUGAAUAUGUCACAUAUGUCCUAUCAGUGAAAUUUAAAAGUUAGCAGUGUCCUGAUAUUCAAAUUAUGCAAGGAAACCCGUUUACUUUCUAGACUUCACUGUCAGACACUAUUGAGUGACUGACUGACUUUUUUUUUCUUCUUUGGUAAUAACAUACAUAAAAUGAGCAUUAUUGAUGUAGAUCAAUAACCCACUUCUUGUAAUGGCCAAAAUUAAACUGAUUGAAUCUUUGCGCAGCACAAAACGUACGACCAUUCUGUACAAGGGUCUGAAAAUCAGACUAUUAAUAACAGGAUUGCAAUCACUUAACUCGAUUCGACAACUAUUGGUUAUUUUCCAACUAAAAGAAUUUUCAAGCCCUUUCGUUUUGAGUGAAGUUCUAAAUUAGUAUUAUCUUUUAAGUGCCGUUGGAAUUUAGCCUUUUCAUUUUGUUAGCAUGCAAAUGGGACAUAUUAUAACCUUUAAUGGAAUCUAUUUUUAAAAAAACCCUCACCUUUAGAUCUUCCUUCCAUCGCAUAAUGGACUGUGUGAAAUAAUGCAAUCGUUAUCUAUAAUACUCUAGUUUUGGUGCACAUCAACUUUGCAAUUGCUUUACGUACCCAUGCACUGAUGGUAUUAAAUGGCUACUUUUGACAAAGUAUGGGCUGGUAUAAAGAAAGAAAGAUAAAACUAUAUACCACUCACUACGCCAUAUGUUACAUCCAGUACGGAAAGUCAUGACAAAAUGCAGAAAGAGCGAGGCUACAAACAUGCAUGUAUUCUUGAAGAAUAUACUUGAAUCAUAAUGCUUUCAAAACAAUGCUGUGUGAAAGAGACUUGUUUAUCGAUGUGUGUUUUAUGGUCAAUGAUGUCUUACUUUCCAGGAUUUCUGCAAGAAAAGACAAUAUAUUAAUAUAUACAUAUUUGCAGAAAGAUAAACUUUAAUAUUGUAGUUCUCGUUCUGAACAGGGCGAGGUGAAACUAUUUCAUAUUUACUUUUCUGAGUGAGACACUGAUGAAACAAACAUGUGAUAUCAAUAUUGACAUAACCCAUUGUAAUGUUUCGUAAUUGCGUACGUUAUUGCAAAACAAGAUUGCAGUCAAAGCAUAAAGUGAAUCACCCAUUAUAUAGAUUUCAGAUUGAACAUGAUGAAAAUUCCAUUCAUUAUAAACGAUUUAGGAUCACAAUAAGUGCGUUUUCAUGGGGAAUUUGAAGCCAUUCGGGUGUUUUCCCAAUAACAUGUGUUGUCAAUAAUCAAGAGUGUACUUCUACGACCGACCGGUCUUGUGUAAUGCACUGUGCCCUGAACUUACUGCAAUAAUACAUUCUCACUAUAAUAACGAUUCCCUCACCCUCGAGAUAUGAAGGCAAGCUGGAGUAUUUUCAGGAGGGACCAUGGGUUCCCUGCCUUAGAGACAUGUGUACACAUUAAUUCGUAACUCAAACAAAUCUUGAGUCAGCGAAUAAUGAUGCAAUACGCAUGGACAUUGACUACUGUGCGGCUUGAAGAAACUUGACAACAAAAUGAGAACCAAAAAUAAAAUGAACGCAGCAAAAUUAAUUUUCUUCUGAAUAAUCAUGUUAAAUACAAAUCCACUUACUUCACCACCUAAGAAAAAGAAAUUUAUCACUGGAUUACGGUGGGAAAUUGAUGGGUGGUAACGAUAUUUGGAUGGUGAGAAAUAAUAGAUGUAGCGUUACUAAUUAUAAGACUCAUGGAAACUCAAGCUGUUACGCAAAAUAAUUUGAAACUUUAAUUUAGAACUAAUAUUAAAUGAUUUCUGUGAGGGUCAUAAUUAAUAUAGUUUCAACCUGGUCUUAACUGAUCUUUGAUUGUGAUUUCGAUUCACCAAAAUCUUGGUCCCCCAUGGUUCUUAAGAAUUGUUUAAACAUUUCAAAGUGUUGCAUUAAAGCCGGGCUAAUAUUAUUGUGUUAAUAAGUGAUAUCACAUGUUUUUCUAUGUGGGCGCCUGAGAGUGCGUGUUUGUGCAUGUGUGUACGUGUCAGCGGUAUUUUCGUGUGUGUAAACGAGGUUUUACCCUUCGACAACAUGGUUUUAAAAGCCCAUGUCAAUCUAUUUCGAUUCAUUUUUGUUCUGUAUUUCUCUAUAAAAAUUACGCUAAGGACUCAAGGUGUCUGGGAAAGAGAAGGCAUAGUAAAUGUGCAAUGUUCUUUAUCUUUUUGUAACGAAGGAUUUAAACUUAUGUAAAUAAAAUAUGCCACCUUCGUUUGCCAAUCCAGUGAUCAUGAUUUUUAACAUGUCGACGACUGUACUUAUUUGGACAUCUGUUUUCUGUAUUCUACGUUUAGAAAUAAGUUUUUGUAUCAGCCUUGAAAUUCAUUUACCAUAAUCAGUAAUUGAGAGAUUUUCACCCGAGUAUGUAGCCAUAUUUUAGCAUAUUAAUUUGAGUUAUAAAGAUGGAUGUCUAUGUUUCGUACUUCGAAAUUCAUUUGUCCUAGAAUGCUAUACAUAAUAACGUAUACAUUCAGCAUAAAGAAAAUUAAUACUACAUUGUAUUAAAUAUAAAAUACAAAAUCUACGGAGAAAAUCAACAACCUCAAUUCAAAUGUAAGACGCCCAAUGUAAUGUAUUUUAAGAACAAAAGGCCUUUAUUUAUGUAAGACGUUCAAUGUAAUGUAUUUUAAGAACAAAAGGCCUUUAUUUAUGUCCUUUAUUUAUCUUCUUAUAUUUCACUAGUAUCUAAGAUUCAAAUAGAUUUUUUUUUAAAUGUAUACUGAAAUGAGACCUAUAACUAGUGAGACGAUAGUUUAAAGAAAAGGUAAUACAAUCAUACAUAUUCUGUAAGAUACAGAAAAAAUGUACUCAAACAUAAUUUUCAUGUUAUAUCACUUCUAAUAUAACAAUACAUGUUUGGAUAUUGUUUUGGUGAUUCAUAUUAUCAAACGAAAAAUAAAUGAUGUACAUGUGUAUUUUUUGUUUUGAACAAAUUUUAUUUCUUCUACAUGCCUUUUUAAGAAAACAUGAAACUGUUUUUCAUAUCAUGCUGACUCAAUGUGUGUGUGUGAACAUAGCAUUCCCUGCCUUAUGUAUUUUUGUGAAAUGCCAUUCGAAAAGUAUGUAUUCUAGUCAUUUGUGCAUUAGAGACCGUCCUUUUGAAGGAUUUAUUUGAAUGUUUAUAAAUUAAAAAUGUGUAAUUUGUCUAUAAGAAUUGUGUUGGAGAACAAUGCGUUUUAAGCCCAUCGCAAACGAAACGAUUUGAUCUGAAUAUAAAUGAUUUGUGAAGAAUUUGCAUUAGCAUUCUAUAUGUAAACCCAAAUAAAUUAUCUAAAAUCAUAAUGAACGAGAUUCUGAGUAGUCAUAUGAAAUAAAUUAAAAUUUCUGGUUUUGCAAGUCUUGUGAUUGGAAACGGUAAAUCGGCUCAGGAUCGUAGAGACGUCAGACAAGUCGUGCGAUUGUUUACGACGUGUAGCCAAUUUGGUCUCAACUACGAAUAGAAAGUUAACAGUGUACCCAAAAUUUGAUUUCAGAAUUUCAUAUCAUUAUUCAGAACCUCAAUCAGGAAAAUUACAUUUCUUUAAAAUGUAAUAUCUAAUGUAACUGUGAAAUCUCCCCAAAUCGAAACGCAGUCGGAUCGCAGUGGAAUCGUACAUCGUGCGGCGGACUUAAUUCAUACGGCAUUGUGCUUGUUAUCUGCCAGUUAUACAACGCUUCUUCCAACGAACUUUGACGAUUGUAUGUUUAUGAAUCAAAUUAUUUGAUGGUAUAUUUCAAUGUUAUUCAGUCAUGUGACUCUGUAAACACAGUACAAAAAAUAUAUUUACGAAAAUGCAAAUGCAAUUGCUUAAUAAAUCCAAAGAAAUAAUAUGCA